GUUUCGCGCUUGGUGGCGCUAUUUUUUAUUUCCACAAUGGCGAUUCCUCCGGCAAAAGCGGUGCCAAAAGAUGCCGAAAUAAUGGCGGCGAUUUUGAAGGACAUGGGCGUUACAGAAUACGAACCAAGACUUGUUAAUCAGAUGCUUGAAUUCACGUACCGUUAUGUAACAGAUGUACUGGAAGACGCCCAGGCAUACAGCAAUCAUGCAGGACGGACAGAAAUAGACUCGGAUGACGUCAAGCUGGCAAUACAGGGCAGGCUAGACCAUUCCUUCACAACUCCACCACCACGGGAGUUUUUGAUGGAGAUAGCGAGACAGAAGAAUAACAACCCAUUGCCGGCCAUCAAACCUCACAACGGUCCCCGCUUGCCCCCGGACCGCUACUGCCUGUCAGCCUCCAACUACAGACUCAGACCGCUACAGAAAAGGGCGACACUGACAAUGCCAUCAAGGUUAUCUUUGAGUUCAGGAAUCUCCAUGUCUUCAUCAGCUGGCUCAAAGCUCUCGCCAAGUUUCACUCUUGGCGCUAAGCAGCCCUACAACAUGACGGUCCGCACUCCGUCGUCCUCCAAACCCAGCAGUGCACCAAUCAGCAUCAUCAAAGGGGUAUCCAGACCCAUCACCACUCCCACCAUCAACAUGCAGUCAAGCAGCACCGCCACUAGGGCGCCCUCUAUGUCCACUUCCAGCGCAGUACACACAGUUAUCAAGACUGAGGUGACCUCGCCACCUCCUUCCCAGAGUUCCGUCAUCCACACGACCAAGAGGAAACGGGAGGACGAGGACGAUGACUGAAAGAAUUCACCUUUGACCUCAGGUUGACCCAUGACCUGCAACUGACCCGUAGUUCAGUCACUCUUGCAUGGCCCAGAAGACUAUUUCUGCAAAACUCUGAGCUGUCUUUUUUUUUGUGUCUGGCCUUAAAGAUGGUUGCGAACUGAAAUGUGACAUCGGGAAACCAGACUUAUUUCACAUUAAACAUUGGGUUGAACAAAGCAGGUAACUGGAGUUGGAUUCGAGCCUGUACCUCUGGAACAAUGGAACCGAGGUUCUACCAACUUAUAACAUGUGUAUAAGCGUUCAAUUAGCAACUGACUUCAUGUAACGGUAUUGUAAUAGCCUGGCGUCAGUCACGCUUUCCUCUUUAAAUGUAUUACAGGAUUGCCAGGGUUAAAACCUUUGUAAUUCUUGACACACACUGAUUUUCUGCAGUAGGCACCCGAUACACUCAGCCUAGGGCAAGUUCGCGCAAGAACUAUUAACCAUUGGUUAACCAUAGUUCGACUAAAGUUAGCCCGAACUCCGUCUAGUCGGCGGUGGUUGACUACGCUAGUCGACUAUUUGGAACUACCCUACUUGGGCUGGUUGCAUCGCUGGUAACCAAUAGUUGCGCGCAUUCAUAAUACAGCAGGGAGCCAGGAUCCAGAAGUUUUGCGAUGACAUCUUGACCAGCGUUUGACUAGCAUUAGUGUGCAGGCGUUAGACAUGUCACAAAUCAACCACUAGUCAACCAAUGGUCCUUGCCCGAACUUGACCAUAAGUGACUGUGUCUGAGAAUACAUUCCUGGAGAAGGAUACUGCCCCCAACUUAAAAAUUGGAAUACCAGACGGGUGUUUUUUAAGCACCAAGAAGCUAACAGAAAGCACAAGAGCUAUCCUAGUAUUGUAACUAUCAUUUGUGUUCAUGUUUUAUUAAUAAAUAUGUUAACUGUACUUGUA